AUGGAUGAGUCAGAAGAAGGUUCAAAUUCAGCAGCAGUAACGAGUUCGACAACAACGCCAACUCCAAUGUCUGCCGUAAACAACAUCCCUCGAAGUGGUUUGCCGCCGUUUGAUCCGCACAGCGAUCGAGCAAGUCUUGCUGUACGGUGGAAGAAAUGGUCUCGAAGAUUCGAAAAUCUGUUGAUUAGCUUAUGAGAGUUCGAUCCAGUUGUUGGACGUGGUCUAUUACUCACAUAUGUCGGAGAGGCAACAAAUGACAUAUUCGAUACGCUUCCUGACACGGGAACAAACUACGACAGCGCUUUGAAAAGUUUAACCGAAUACUUUGACAGUUUGACCCUGUACGAAAUCAAGACAUGGCAAUCUACGAAUUAAGACAGAUAAAACAAGAAACUAACGAAACAAUGAACAAUUUAUAUAGAAGUUUAAAAGAAAAAACAGAUAUCUGUGAAUUUACCGACGUAGACUCUGAAAUUAGAACUCAAAUUAUUCAUACAAUGUCUGACUCGAGAUUACGGCGAAAAGGGCUUCGAGAACAACUAGAUUUAAAAGCUCUUCUCGCGUACGGUUCGAUGUUGGAAAAGACGGACAUGAAUGCUAAAUUACUAGAAUUGAACAAAAUCGGGAGUCUAACCAAUCAACAAAUCACCUUUCAGAUCGACCUCGCCAUCGAAAACCACAGCGCCUUUUCCAAGCACGUCAAAACAACGACGCCGAUCAAGCACGUAAACAGGGAGAACACAAUCAAAGUUCAAGAGAGUGUCGCAAUUAUGGGGGACCAUUCCCGCACAAAGAAGGCAAGUUGUCAUGCCCAGCCAGAGGAAAAAAAUGUCAUGCGUGUGGGAAAUUAGGACAUUUUGCAAAACAUUGUUUGUCAAAAGCACAACAAAGUCACCAAGGUCACAGACAAAGUUCCAGGAAAGAAGUAAAUGAAGUCACGCAAACACGUCAGGACUACCUCGACGAUACAGAUGAAGAAUUUGCCUAUGUAAUCAACUCAAGCACUAAACCGCCAGAGACAAGAAUCACAGUCGAAAAUGUUGCAAGCAACGUUAUCGUAGAUACAGGAUCUUCAGUAAACCUCCUUAAUAAGUCGGUUUUGAAAGAAAUCCAAAAAAAGAAUCCAAACAUCAUGGUACAAUCCUCACAUAAGAAAGUCUUUCCGUACGGAACAAAUACCCCUCUGGAAUUAAUCGGUGAAUCCGAAGCCCAAAUCACAGCAAGUUCAGAUACAACAACAGGUACAUUUCUCGUCACAAAUACGAACAGUACAUGUCUGAUCAGCUACCAAACAUCCACCGAUCAUGGAUUACUCAAUCUGAAAGUUUGUUCUGUCUCUGUCGAUCAUCCUGAUCCAGAUGUAUCAGCAGUAUUAAAUAAGCACAAAAAGGUAUUCGAAGGAAUGGGUAAUCUCAAAGACAAAGGAGUUAAAUUGGAAAUCGAUCCCGACGUCCAGCCAGUCGCUCAAAAAGCAAGGCGUAUUCCGUACAGCAUGAAAGAUCAAGUAAAUAGAAAGCUUCGCGAAAUGGAAGAACAUGGUAUAAUAGAGAAAGCAGAAGGAGCAACACCGUGGCUCUCAUCGCUGAUUGCGAUACCCAAGAAAGCAGGAGAUGUUCGCUUGGUCCUUGACAUGCGAAUCCCAAAUCAAGCACUGGUUCGCCGCCGCGUCCAGAUGCCUACAGUUGAUGACAUCCUGCACAAAAUGGAAGAAUCAGAAAUUUUUACGGAAGUUGACCUCUUGCAAGGGUAUCUGCAUUCUGCAGAUCACCUUGGCAGACGAAUCUCGCCAUAUCACCGCUUUCCCGACGCCAGAUGA